AUGCCCCCAGCACCGAUUCCUCAAGGACAUGGCGCCCCGACUGUUUGGCAAAAACGUACGAUGGGCGCCGCCAUGGGUGCAGGCGUAGGGCUGACUAUGGGGUUCUUGUUCGGCGGGUUCAGCAUUCUCCGCGGUGGCGCGGGUCCACGAGGAGUACUACCGACGCUCUCCCAGUAUAUGCUGAGCAGUGCUGCAACAUUCUCUUUCUUCCUCGCCAUCGGCUCGGUCAUUCGUAAUGACGGGGAGCUCCCAGCUCACCUGGAGGCAGCACGUUUGCAGCUUGCUCACCCUGUGAUCCGAUCGAGGGCAGAAGGUCUGGCACAUAUGAGGAUGCGGUGGUCUCUGGAGCAGGCUCAGAAGUGA